CUUUACCAGUGAUUUUAGUUUAGUGUUGCAAAGUGUCGGUGUCGGUUGUUUCGUGUACGCGUCCCGUAGUGUGAAUUGAAUAUUGUGCGAGACAAGAGUGCGGAAACGGAUACCAAGCAAUAACAACAAACCAAUACAAAAGAACAAGCGCAGAAGAAGUGUUGUUUUUUUUUUACAAAAUAAUUCGCAGAUACAUAUUUAUAUACAAAAAUAGUUACGUUGCAAAAUAUGUGUACAAAAUGAAAAGACGCGUGUGAGUGAUGUUGCCAAGAGUUAAGCAAUAAAAUAAACUAGAGCAGAGAGCAUAAGAAAUAAUAAUAAUAAACUGAUAUUGGCUAAAAGGUCAGUCAACCGAUUUUGGCAAGUUUAUGAAAAGGUUAGAAGAAGGCAGCGAUAGUGGCAUAAAAGCAGCAACAAAUAUUUCAAAAAAAGUGAAACCUUGUUCAUAAUUUCUAGCUCAUCCUGGAGGUUUAUACGUCGAUACAUGUAUUAAUAAAUGGAUGUAUGAACAAUAAGCUCCCAACUAUUCAUUACAGACGCAGAAUAACGCAAUUGUGAGCAGAGUAUAGCAAUUGGACUGUAGACGGCAAGAAUGUAAAUAAAAGUAGUCAACAAAACCUGCUGCUUCGCAUUUCGCAUUUUAAUUUUUUUCGCCACUCGACUUCUACGUUUUUCGAUGAAUGCAACAUUUCAACAAAGGCGACAACAACUACGAGUAUGACAGCCAAUCGACCAGCAACGCAAACCGAGGAAAGGUUGGUGGAACAGCAGCAGCAGCAGCAACAACUGUCACAUCAACAAUACACAAACACAACAAAUCCAACAAACACGCCAAAUGCCAAUAUGCCGUCGUCGGCGAACACUUCAGCUUGUAACGCCAGCGCCGGCUACGAUGAAGUGGAGCAUUGCGCCAGCCGCUACGGUGGUACGACAGCAAACACCGGUGCUGAGGGCAACUGCACGCAUGUUGGCGUCGGCGUUGGCGAGGGUGUGUGUCGUAAUCACAGCACUGCGAGCUCAACAACGCAUCGUCGCGGUCACAGACGCCAGGAGUCCAUGUACCAGAUGACGGGCCUCUACUCGGAGACGAAUACGAGCGGUGAUGAUAGCAGCGUUGACGCUGCCACACAAGACUCUCAGGUCAAUUUGGGCGAACUGGUCAGUUGCAGCGCCGCUACGGCGCCUAACAUUAAUAAUAUGUGCGCCAACGUAGCGUCACGUGCCACCUGCAACUGCCACAACCAGCAUUAUCAUCACCCAGCAACGCAUCAUCAGCACAAUCAUCUGCAUCACCCACAUCAUGGCCAUAACAAUUGCCAACAACCAGCGGUGUGCAGCGGUUGUUGCAAUGAGAUUCUGGCGAAAAGUCACAGCCGUCAGCCAUCGGCGAGUAUUGCUGUGGGAGCAGGCAAUGUUGGUGGCGCCGUUACUAAUAAUAAUGCGACGACGACGCCGGCUGCUAUGCUCUACGAAUCGGAGUAUGAUGAUGAUGACGAAUUGCAGUCACGUGAUUGUGGUAUUCUCAAUUAUCGGCCCGGUCGUAUACAGAAAUUUGCACGCAUCAAAGUAUUCGUGCUGCUACUGUCGAUUCUAGUCACAUUGCAGCAGGCACUGAGUUCCGGUUAUAUAAAUUCCGUUAUAACGACGAUUGAGAAACGCUUCGAAAUACCUUCGAGUUAUUCGGGUCUGAUAGCGUCCAGUUAUGAGAUUGGCAAUGUGAUAACGGUCAUAUUUGUGAGCUAUUUGGGUAGCCGACGUCACAUACCCGUUUGGAUUGGUAUAGGCGCCGCCAUUAUGGGCAUUGGCUCACUGGUUUUCAUGGUGCCACACUUUACCGGCGAACCGAAUCCCGGCGUCACCAUUAUGAAUGAUUCAAGUGAUAACAUAUGUCGUAGUGCACUGGUACGUGAUCAAGAUAUGGACUUAGGCAGACUAUCGAGUGGUCUCUCCAAUCCACCAUUGGCGCCGCAUACCUUACGCGAAGAUAAUUGCCUCGAAGGCAAAUUGUCAACAUUCGGACCGGUUUUACUUUUUGUGAUUGCACAGUUACUGCUCGGUUGCGGUGGUAGUCCGCUCUUCACGCUCGGCACCACCUAUGUGGAUGAUCAUGUCAAGACGGAGAGCUCGUCAAUGUACAUAGGUUGUAUGUAUAGUAUGGCGGCAUUUGGACCGGUGCUGGGAUUUCUGCUCGGCGCCUACCUGUUGUCCUUUCACAUGGACUCACUUUCGUCCACAAUUAUAUCGAUAAAUCCGGGUGAUCGUCGCUGGGUUGGCAUGUGGUGGGGUGGUUUCCUGCUUUGCGGCGUUUUGCUGCUUAUCGUGGCUGUGCCGUUCUUCUCCUUUCCAAAGGUACUCACCACCGAGAAGAAAAAGAUACGGAAGAGCUCCGUUAUACAACCAGCUGUGCCUAACAAUUCCAAUAGUCUUCCACGCGGCACCGAUCCAGCCGGUAAAGUGAAAAAGGAAAUAGUGGCGGUAAGUGCGAAAGAAGACGAUGAACCGCGCGUGGACACCGGUUAUGGCAAGGACAUUAAAGAUAUACCACAAUCGAUGUUACGUCUCGUGACAAACCCCGUGUAUAUUGUCACUUGUUUGGGCGCCUGUAUGGAACUGUGGAUAGUGUCUGGCUUUGUGGUGUUCCUACCAAAAUAUUUGGAGACUCAAUUCAGUGUGGGCAAAAGUCAAGCGAGCGUCUUUACUGGUUCGAUAGCUGUGCCGGGCGCUUGUAUUGGUAUCUUCAUCGGCGGCUGCAUAUUGAAACGUUUUCAGCUGAAACCAAAAGGCGCCGUACAGUUUGUUAUCAUCUCGAACGCAAUAUGCCUUGCGCUCUAUGCGAUGCUGUUUUUCCUCGGUUGCGAUAAUCUGAAAAUGGCUGGCACCACAAUACCAUACUAUCGCAGCGCCAAGCAUGGCGUCAUCGAACCAUUCCAAGUCAAUCUAACGGCUGCCUGUAAUUUCGGCUGUGAAUGCCUGACCACAGAUGUGGAGCCGGUGUGCGGCAAUAAUGGUUUGACAUACUUCAGUCCCUGUCAUGCAGGCUGCACCGCAUUCUCAUCCACAUCAAACUACACCAAUUGUGCUUGUGUUCACUCAAAUAUAUCGAGCAGCAUUUAUAUGGGUGCUGGCGGCAGUCAAGCUCAAGCGUUAAACGCCAACGAAGAUUUCGCCGAAGUUACUGUGGUUCCUGUUGCCACUGCCGGUCCAUGUGCCACACCCUGUCGCACCAUCUAUCCCUUCCUCAUAUUGCUCUUCUUCAUGACAUUUAUUGUGGCUUCGACGCAAAUGCCAUUGCUGAUGAUUGUCUUGCGUUCAGUGUCGGAGGAGGAGCGUUCGUUUGCGCUCGGCAUGCAAUUCGUUAUAUUCCGUUUGUUCGGCUACAUACCGGCGCCCAUACUUUUUGGUAACUUAAUCGAUUCGACGUGUUUGCUGUGGAAAUCGACAUGUGGCGAAAAGGGUGGCCGCUGUUUGAUCUAUGACAUUGAGAAAUUUAGAUACAAAUAUGUGGGGCUCUGCGCCACUGUGAAAAUCGUGGCGCUCGCCAUAUUUAUUGCUGACUGGUGGUUGGUAAGAAGGAGAAAGCAAUUAGAGAAAUUGAAGCCUAUUAACGCAAACGAUCCGAUCAUCGGUUCCAUUAUAAGUUUGGAUAAACUCUUUGAGGAAAAACUGACGACUAACGACACGAAUCCACAAUACGGCAGUAAUGGUGAGAUAAUACUGACUUCGGACGCAUUGCGACAUUCGAGAAAUGAUUCACGCACCAUACAGUUAGAAUAUGGCUAUGACAAGUGUAAUAAUGCUAUCAACUCGUCGGGUCUGUCGACGCCGCAAACGAAAUCGAAGAAACAUUUCCGUAGCGCAUCGUGUGACGUCAAGAUGAUACGUAGCUUCUCGAAAGACCAAAAUAUAGCGCCUGGCACGACUUCAACGGACGGCGGCAUGCAUGAGCCAAUUAAAAUCAAGAGCUUAAAACGGUUUCAAACACAUUCCCGCAACAAUUCUAGUGAUUUAAACAGCGAUUUCCGACACAAACUCACACAUUCACGCACAAAUUCACGCGAUGACGCCGGUGCGCUCAAUAUACGUUAUAUACAAAAUCAGCUCAAACCGCAAGAGGAUGAGGAGGACGACGAUGAGUUGACAACCGGCUGUGGACAUUUCGUGAAAAAGCAUGCGCGCAAUCAUUCCUACGAUCAGAUUUAUAUGCCCAAUAAUAUACGUUUCGAUGCCGACUUCUUUCGCAAUCAUCACAAUAACAAGAACAAGAAUGUGAAUGUGCUGAAGAACGUAAUGAAUAGAGAGGAGAAUCGUGUGAAGAACUCAAAUGAAACAGAGGCGGCGGCAGCAGCAGCGUUGGCAGCAACGGCGGUCAGUUCACGCGGACACUCACGCAAUAAUUCUAAGGACUUGAAUACACGCACAGCGGCCACAACAGCAAGCAAUAAUUCCAAUGCAACAACACCAGCGUGUAUUGGUGGCGCGGCUGUGGGUGGCGGAGCCGGCGCCGUUGUUGUGGGCGCGGCACACAAUGUCGCCGAGGCGGCCUUAAAUAUACUACGCCAUCGGCGCACCAAUUCCAAAGACUUAAAUUACACGCUCUGCACCGGCAGCGAACGCAAUGACCUGGGCAGCAGCACGGCCUGCAGCAGCAAUGCGUCCACGCCAGCACAUGGCAGCGGUGGCGGCGCGGCAGCCGUUUUGCACUUGAAACAUGCACAUGCGCGCAAGGCCUCCCAUCACAAAAUACAAAUCGACGAUGAGCGCAACGAGUUGAUCAGUUCGGCGCGCGACGAUGAGGACGACUCUAAUGCGGAGGAAGCGCAAAAUGCCACAUCCACUGCUACAGGCGCGGCAAACCGCAAGGAUAUCGAAUCAUUGCGUUAAGCUGAUGGAGAGCACUGAGCAAGCCUACAAUAUUAGCAGUAACGCAGUACAGUGCGUAGUUCUUCGGACACAUGGCACUAAAACGCAUUUUUUUAGCCAAGCAAUUUGCGCAAGUUAAUGCUAAUGUAUGGAUGAACGCGCAAACUAAUAUCAAACUGCACUUAUCGUUUAACUUUGCGAAGUCACGCGCAAAAUGCAUGCGCGCUCGCGUCUCGGUUAAGUCAUUCCAUAAAAGCUCCGGAUUAUUUCAUAAUUUCUGUUGUCCUAAAAUGUAAUGUCUACAAAAGCGUACUUAAAUUAUUUCAUUUAACGUGCAACACUGGACGCCUACAAGUACAUAUACAUACAUACUCGUGUAUACAAUAUUCAAUUAUGCAAUGUAUUUUAGGUAUCGCCAAGCGAUUUUUAUAGAAAUUCAAUACAUUUUUAUUUACUUGUAUAAAACUGUAGAAGCAAAAUGUUGGUAAAUCCUAUUUUGAAGGGCAAAAAUAAUAAUAAUUUCGUACGCAACAACUUAUUUGUAUUUGUAUAUACUAUAUAUGUAGAAUAAAAUAGUGCAUAGAAAAAAUGUUAAUGUAAAAUUAAAGCAAAAAAAAAAAAAGAAAUAAAAUUUAUUAUUUCUAACUACAUAAAUAUUUAUAUGUAUUUAUAAAAAUAAACAAUUUCGUUAAUUUGAGUUUGCCGGCUGCCUUUAGAGAAUAGAAAAAAAUUGAAUUUCUUAUUAAAACUCAUGACUUAUGCAUGUGUUCGUAUAAAUAAUUAGUUAAUAUUAAUUAUGAUGCGCGUUAAAUAAUGUAAUAAAUAAAUUAAACCGUAGAUUUGUAAACAAAAUUCAUUUCUAACCUUAAAAUGUGUUUUUGAAAACAUUUUGUAAUUGAACAUCUAACAAAAAGCGGAUUUUAACUACGGUUAUUACGUUUUCUUCGACUCUCACUGUGCACCAUUAUGUUUAGAACGAUUAAUAAAAGUUAGGUUUCAAUUCUUUAUAUGUGACCUGGUCUACGAAAAGGGAGCUAACGUGCGAAAACUAGUUUUCUGGGAAACAGCUGUUAAAAAUAAACAACUCGUUUCGUCAGUUUCUCGUGAAAAUUGAUUUUUUGACACCUAAGCCCCCUUUCCGUAGACCAGGUCACAUAUAUUUAAAAAAUAUAAAUAUAAAAAAGCGUGUAUCAUAAAAUAUGCCGCCACUUUAGACCGCAUGGCAGUAUUAGUGUUCUAAUUGAUUUUGAAUAUUCGAAAAUGUGUUGAAGUGACUUGGUACAUCCAUACAUAUAUGUAUGUAAAUACGUAUACAUAGUAUGUACAGACCUAAGUUUAUUUAUAAGCGAAAAUAUAAAAAAUAUAUAUACAGACUAUGUAUGUGUAUAUAGAAAUAAAAUGUUUCAAUUUGCUGAAUAAAAUGAAUUUAAUUAAUAUUAUGAUGAAGAAAA